GGUAUAACCAUUUUAAAACGUAACAGUGCAUUUGAGUUCUCGGUUUUAUCUGUUCCGGUGUUUCUGCAACAUCUAGAUCAGUUAAACCAAGCAAUGUCGAACUUUUGCGUUGUUCCAAAUUGCAUCACAAGAAGCAACGAGUCGCAAUCGCUAUUGUUCAGGUUUCCAAGGGACACUGAAAUAUGCAAGCUCUGGGUUGAAAACUGCAGCUGCAAGGAUCUUGAAGAUAAAACACCUGACGAGCUGAACAGAUACUACAGACUUUGUGCUAAGCACUUUGAACCUUCCGUGAUAUGUAAAACAAAUACUUCUAGAACAAGGCUGAAGGAUGAUGCCAUACCAACCAUCUUUGAGUCAUCCGUCCACCUCGACAAUCCACAAAGUUUGCGAAAGAGAAUUAAAGAGCUGAGUGACAAUGAAGAAAGGCAAAUUAAAGAGCGGAAAAAGGACUUGGUGGACCAACCCAACAUGAGCAAAGAGGACCUUCAGACAAACACCAAACCCUUGACCUUUGACAAGAAAGAUCGCAUAGAAUACCUCAAAUCAUUGUUUGAGAUUCUUGUAGUGUUAGGGAAGCAAAAUAUACCUUUGACUAGACAUACCGAAGAUUUGCAGGCAGGCCAAUGUCUCGCUGUAAGCAACUUCAAGGCAUUGCUGGAGUACCGAAUAAAUGCUGGUGGUGACAAAGCUCUCAGGAACAGGUUAGAAACAAUCAAUUUGAACGCAGAGUACUGCAACCCCACCCAGCAGAGGCAGAUGAUGGAGGUCUGUGAGAGUUGCAUUCGCGAGGAGCUCUUACAGGAAGUACGAGAGGGACGCUUCUUCUCAUUACUCACUGAUGAUGUGGUUGAUAUCUCCGGUGAGUGCCACCUCCCUGUGUUUUUGCGUUUUUUAGACCAGGCGAAUUGUUUGCGGGAGGAAUUUGUUGGAUUCCUUCCAUUUGGGGGGGACGAGGAGACCCUGACGGAGAGGCUGCUGACUGAGGUCACAAAGACGUGGGGCUUGAAUAUGGAUUACUGCAGGGGGCAGGCCCAUUUCAGCUCUGGUGUGCAUUCUAGCAAAAUUAAAGCCAUCGCCACCAAACUCACAGAGAAGUACCCCACAGCAGUACUCACUCCAAAAUCAACAUGUGCCUUGAAUAUUUCAUUGGCAAGUGGAGUGGCUUUGACCGGCGUCCAGAUUGUCAUGUCUACUUUGAAGAAGAUUGAGUCUCUUUUCAAUGAGUCACCUUCCCUGCAAUUGGAGUUGGAGAGUGCCAUCUCCAUUUUCUACCAAGGUAAUGAUGAGAAGGCCAAUGAUCUGAAAGUAGCCUGCCACACUAACUGGACAGUGAAACAUGAUGCAUUUGAGGUGGCAGUUGAUUUCCUUGAAUCUUUACUGCUCUGUAUGGAUAGUGUUCAUGACAAUGAAGAUCUGAGGUGGAGUGACCAAAUCACACAUGAUGCAUUGGAAAUAUCAGAGGCACUGGCUGAUUUUGAGUUUGUUGCCACAUUGGUUGUUCUGAAAAACACUUUGUCAUUCACAAGAGCCUUUGGCAAGAACUUGCAAGGGCCAUUGAUGGAUGUUUAUUUUGCUGCCAACAGCUUGACCGCUGUGUUGCACUCACUGAACGAGGUCUUGGAAAAUAUUGACGUGUACCAUGAGUUCUGGUUUGAAGAGGCUGUUAACCUAGCCACUGCACUAGACAUCCCUGUGAAAGUACCAAGGCUGUACUUGAGAAAGCACCGCCCUGAAGCUGGAACAGAGAUUCAGCCUGAGAGCUAUUUCAAAGAUAACCUGACUGCCCCAGUGGUGAGCCAUGUCAUCAAAGAGUUGAACGACCUCUUCUCUGAAAACCACCUCAACGCCCUAAGAUGUCUGACACUCGUCCCUGCUGUCAUGGGGCAACUGAAGUUUAACACAUCUGAAGAGAACAAUGUGGAGAUGUACAGAAAAGACCUUCCCAAUGCAGACACUCUCCCAGCUGAGCUGCAUUGCUGGAGGGUAAAGUGGAAGCACAGGGGCAAGGUCACCCUGCCUUCCACCGUCCAUGAAACGCUGCAGCUGGCUGAUGUGAAAUUCUUCCCCAAUGUGCUUGCCUUUUUGAAGGUGCUCUGCAACCUGCCCAUCCUUAGCUUUGAGCAUCUCGACAGCAAUGCUUCUCGUAAACGCUUUCAGAUGUAUCUGGAGAACACACCUGACAAACACAGAUCCAAAUGUCUGGCAUUUCUGAAUAUACAUUGUAAUGCCCGACAUGACAUUGACUUUAUGGUUGAUAGUUACGUUAGGAUGUAUCCUGACAUUGAAAGUUAAUUCAGAUUCACAUAAUUACUGUGAGGUGGUACGCUAACCGCCUGACUAAAUCGCUUUAUUUCUUAACGCUGUCCUUGGCAUUUGGGGUCCGAGCUGACCUCUUACAUCUGGAUGUUUAGUAGUGAAUGAUAGAGGCCUGUUGUGGCCAUAAGUCUGUUUUUUCGCAAUAGGCCGCAGCCUAAAGGGUGUCCACCAUUCUAAUGUAGUCAGCUUGGUUAAAUAUCCGUCAUUAUAAGUUGAACCCUCAAUCAUCCCAUGCAGACUUUAGAUUGGUGAAUGACACUUUCAGCCAAUGUCAUAAAAAAAAUGUAUGGUACAUUUUAAUAUCAGUUUGGGCAUGCAGACGUAGCCACUGCAGUUGCUCAUGGUGGUAAAAUGUAAAAAUUCACAAUAAAACUAUUGAAAUGAAUAAAGGUGUGCGUGUGUGCGCCUCAAAACAUUUCCAUGAAUUCCAUCAAUCAAUUGAAUUCAUGGAAAUGUUUUGAUGUGUAUAACCUUGCAUUUCAUAUAAUCAAGCCCCUCAGGAAAUACAGUAGGCUGUAAUCACCUUAUACACACACUGUCAGUGUGUUUGUGUGGGUUUGUUCAAACUGUAUCAGGUAAAAUAUUGUCAAACUGUGAUGGUUUUGUUUUCAAACCGAAUAAAGAAUGUAAAACAGUUA